CCCCGGCGCCUAGGAAGAAGCUGGUGCGGGUUAAAGUUGUGAAGAAGAAAGUGGUGAAGAAGAAGCCAAAGGCUCCGGCCAAGGACUCAGCUGCUCCGCAGGAGCCUCCAAGCCCAGCCCCCUCUGCUCUGCCCCCAGAGUGCCCCCCCCUGGGGCUGGAGUCCCUGCGGGUGCUGGACUCCCAGCUCCGAGCCUCCAGCGACAAGCGCUAUGGCCUGGGCGCCCACCGCGGGCGCCUCAACAUCCAGUCGGGGCUCUACGACGGGGACUUCUACGACGGUGGCUGGUGUGCAGGGCAGGAGGACACAGAGCAGUGGCUGGAGGUGGAUGCCCGCCGGCUCACCAACUUCACCGGCGUCAUCACGCAGGGGCUCAACUCCAUCUGGACGUACGACUGGGUGACAUCCUACAAAGUCCAGGUCAGCAAUGACACACACACGUGGCAGCCGUGCCGCAACGGCACCGAGGAGGCGGUCUUCCCCGGGAACAAGGACCCUGAGACGCCGGUGCUCAACCUGCUGCCCUCGCCGGUGGUGGCACGUUACCUGCGCAUCAACCCCCAGACCUGGUUCCAGAACGGCACUAUCUGCCUGCGGGCAGAGGUCCUGGGCUGCCCGCUGCCAGACCCGAACAACAUCUACGCCUGGCAGAGCCAGCCCCUGCCCACUGACAAGCUGGAUUUCCGCCAUCACAACUACAAGGAGAUGAGAAAGCUGAUGAAGCGGGUGAAUGACGAGUGCCCUGACAUCACCCGCGUCUACAGCAUCGGGAAGAGCUACCUCGGCCUCAAGAUGUACGUCAUGGAGAUCUCCGACAACCCUGGGCAGCACGAAGUGGGCGAGCCGGAGUUCCGUUACGUGGCGGGGAUGCACGGCAAUGAGGUGCUGGGCCGGGAGCUGCUGCUCAACCUGAUGGAGUACCUGUGCCGGGAGUUUCGGCUGGGCAACCCCCGCGUGGUGCAGCUGGUCACCGAGACCCGCAUCCACCUCCUGCCCUCCAUGAACCCCGACGGCUACGAGACCGCCUACAAGCUGGGCUCAGAGCUGUCGGGCUGGGCCAUGGGCCGCUGGACCUACGAGGGCAUCGACCUCAACCACAACUUCGCCGACCUCAACACAGCACUGUGGGAUGCUGAGGACAAUGACCUGGUGCCCCACGAGUUCCCCAACCAUUACAUCCCCAUCCCCGAGUACUACACCUUCGCCAACGCCACGGUGGCCCCCGAGACACGGGCAGUGAUCGACUGGAUGCAGCGGUACCCCUUCGUGCUGAGUGCCAACCUGCACGGCGGGGAGCUGGUGGUCACCUACCCCUUCGACAUGACCCGCACUUACUGGAAGGCGCAGGAGCUGACCCCGACCGCCGACGAUGGGGUCUUCCGCUGGCUGGCCACUGUCUACGCCACCUCCAACCUGGCCAUGGCCAGCGAGGAGCGGCGACUCUGCCACUACGAUGACUUCACCCGCUUCGGCAACAUCAUCAACGGGGCCAACUGGCACACGGUGCCUGGCAGCAUGAAUGACUUCAGCUACCUGCACACUAACUGCUUCGAGAUCACGGUGGAGCUCUCCUGCGACAAAUUCCCGCAUGCCUCCGAGCUGCCAGCCGAGUGGGAGAACAACCGGGAGUCCCUGCUGCUCUACAUGGAGCAGGUGCACCGCGGGAUUAAGGGAGUGGUUCGGGACAGAGACACGGAGCAGGGCAUCGCCAAUGCCAUCAUCUCUGUGGACGGCAUCAACCAUGACAUCCGGACGGCCUUCGACGGGGACUACUGGCGGCUGCUGAACCCGGGCGAGUACGAGGUGACGGCACGGGCCGAGGGCUACGAGGCGGCCACGCAGCCCUGCCGUGUCUCCUACGAGAACGUGCCCACACCCUGCAGCUUCCACUUGGCCCGGGAACGGCGGCAGCGGCUGCGGGGGCAGCUGCCCGGGGGGGCCCGCCUGCCCCCCGACCUGGUGCUGCGGCUGCGGCGCCAGCCGAUGGGGGUCACCUACCAGGGCUGA